GAGGCGCCAUCCCGCCCGGAGCGCGGGGCCAUGGGGGCAGCCGCGGACAGCGCCCGCUUCGGCUACAUCUUGGACCUGCUGAAGCGGGACAAGGUUGCCAUUAAGGGUAUUGAAAGAGAGCUUAUCUGCCCAGCAUGCAAAGAAUUGUUUACCCAUCCACUGAUCCUUCCCUGCCAGCACAAUGUCUGUCACAAAUGUGUGAAAGAAAUACUUUUUGCAUUUGAAGACUCCUUUGCUGAUGGAGGCUCUGAAUCUUCUAAUCAGAGCAGCCCUCGAAUUAGAAUCUCUGCUUCUAGCAUGGACAGAAUUGACAGGAUUAAUAGAUCAGGCAGAAAACGCAAUUCACUGACUCCUAGAUCGACUCUGUUUCCUUGUCCGAGUUGCCAGCGGGAUAUUGAUCUCGGAGAGCGUGGCAUCAAUGGCUUAUUCCGCAACUUCACCUUGGAAACCAUUGUGGAGAGAUACAGACAGGCAGCCAGGGCAGCCAUUGCUAUUAUGUGUGAUUUCUGCAAACCUCCACCUCAGGAGUCCACAAAGAGCUGCAUGGACUGCAGUGCAAGCUAUUGCAAUGAAUGUUUCAAAAUACACCAUCCUUGGGGAACUGUGAAAGCCCAGCAUGAGUAUGUAGGACCAACCACCAACUUCAGACCCAAGAUUUUGAUGUGUCCAGAACAUGAAAUGGAGAGAGUAAACAUGUACUGUGAAAUCUGCAGAAGGCCUGUUUGUCAUCUUUGCAAACUGGGUGGAGGUCAUGCAAACCACAGAGUAACAACCAUGAGCACUGCCUACAAAACCCUUAAGGAGAAGCUUUCAAAAGAUAUUGAGUACCUCAUCAGUAAGGAGAGCCAGGUGAAAGCUCACAUCACACAGCUGGAUCUGCUGCUGAAAGAAACAGAGUGCAACAGUGAAAGAGCUAAACAAGAAGCAUCUCAGAGUUUUGAGAAAUUAUAUCAUGUCCUGGAAGAGAAGAAAUCUGCAGCUCUUAGAGCAAUUGAAACUUCUAAGAAUAUAAGGCUGGAAAAAUUGCAAACACAAGUGGAAGAAUACCAAGGGCUUCUGGAAAAUAAUGGCCUUGUAGGAUAUGCUCAAGAAGUGCUUAAGGAAACUGAUCCCUCCUGUUUCGUUCAAACAGCAAAACAACUUCAUGUCAGAAUCCAAAAAGCUACUGAGUCUCUGAAGAGCUUUAGGCCAGCAGCUGAAACUACUUUUGAAGACUUUGUGGUGGACACUGCCAAGCAAGAAGACAUCCUUGGUGACUUGUCUUUCCAUUCCAAUGGCCUAGAAAUACCAGAAAUCAAUGAAGAGCAGAGCAGAAUGUACAACAAAGCUCUGAUUAGCUGGGAAUGCCCUGGGAAGACAGAUUCAGCUGAUAUCUAUGUUCUUGAGUAUCAUAAACUUAGUAAAGAAGAGGAAAGUGUGACAUGGCAGAAGACUGAAGUCUGUGGCAAGAGCAAAGUAUUAUCUGAUCUUGAUGAUGACAGCAGCUAUGCCUUUAGAGUUCGAGGAUACAAAGGGUCCAUCUGUAGCCCCUGGAGCCGAGAAGUUAUUAUGCACACUCCUCCAGCUCCAGUUUUCAGUUUUCUUUUCGAUGAUAAAUGUGGGUACAACAAUGAGCAUCUCCAGCUGAACCCAAGAAGAACCUCUGUGGAAAGUAGGGCUGGAUUUCCUCUGCUUCUGGGAUCUGAGCGCUUGCAGGUUGGAUGCUACACAACCCUGGAUUACAUCAUCGGAGACAGUGGGAUUGCCAAAGGGAAGCACUUCUGGGCUUUUCAUGUGGAAGCCUAUUCAUACCUGGUGAAAGUGGGAGUUGUUCCUAGCAACAAAAUCCAGAAAUUGUUCCACAACACCCAUGAUGUGACCAGUCCAAGAUAUCUGCAAAAUUUUAGCUGACAAAGAAACAACUGCAUCCCAACAUGAAACAACAGAAUCCCACAGAAACAACAUGCCCCCACAAGCAUCCUAAAACUGAAAUCCUAAGUAGGGAAUGUCUGUACUGAAGACCGUGUGCUUCUCCAUGCAUCUUUAUCUGGGGACAGAAGUGGAGGGAAAAGGGUGUAGACUGACCAAAUACGUCUGCAGACUCUUCAGUAACCAUCUGGGAAACUAUUCAGGGAAGUGUUCAAACAGAGCACGUUAAAAGAAGCCCCCAGACUUAAACCACUAAAAUACUACCUUUUGUUUUGUGAAUUUUACAGACGCUUUAACAUAGCAGCAUCAUGGAAAACUCAAAAGGCCAUGUUCUUGUCUGUAAGGGUUGGUCAUAUUUCCUAAGUUACUUCUUAAGUUAACUAAUUUACUGCAUCUGUUGGUUCAUUAAUGAUUGCCUAGUAUAAGUGCAUUUAGAUACAUCCACUCCUUAGUAAAGCCUUCUGUGGUCUUGUCCUCAUUGGAGUUCAGCUGUUCUUCUCCACCUACUAAAUGCAUCUUCCUUCCUGACUUCAGUAUUUAUCACUGGUGUAAGCAAAGCCUGGUGGGAUGAGUGCUGUGAGUGGAGUGCCCUGUUGGUUACAGGCUCUUCAGAGGGACAGGCAGGACAGAUGUGGGGUGGCACUGUCUGUAACAUAAUGUCUGGAAUGUAUGGAGCCUGCAGCUGGCAGUGCCACAGCUGAGAACCUCUGGGUAAGGAUUAAGGGACAAAGUGGAUGUCAUUGUGGGAAUCUACUACAGACCACACAGCCAAGAUGAGGACACUGAUGAAUUACUCCUUAAGGAACUAAGGAAUACCUCUACAACAACCACCCUUGUUUUCGUAGGGCACUUCAGCUUGCCAGAUGUUAACUGGGAUCACCACGUAGAUGAUACAAAUAGGCCCAGAAGAAUCCUAAAACACCUGGAUAAUAACUUCUUGGUAUAGGUACUAAGAAAGUACCCUUACCUAAAGGUGCCCUCCUUGAUUUUUUCCUUGUCAAGAGAGAGGAUCUCAUGAGUAAAGUGGAGAUGAGUGGCUGUCUUGGCCACAGCAAUGACAAAGCGAUCGAGUUUAAAAUCUCUGUUGUCAGGAGGAAAAGUACUAGCAAAACUUCAACUCUGGAGAUGAGAACAAACUUUGGGCUGCUCAGGGUACUAGUCAGUAAAGUCCCCUGGGAGACCGCUAUUGAAGGUGCUGAGGUCCAUCAGUGCUUUUUAAAGUGGUCCAUCAGGCCACUUUUUAAGAACCACCUCCUAAGGGCACAGGAGUGGGCAAUUCCAAAAUGUCUUAGGUCAAGCAGGUGAGGCAGAAGGCUGGCUUGGGUGAGCAGAGAACUUUUAGAGCUAAGGCAAAAAAAAAAAAAAAAAGGGUAUGGCUA